GUCAACCUGUUCUUCAGAUACAUUGAAACGCACUAUUCACAAUGCAGGUCGAAGUCAAUCCCAAUGAAGAUACCGAAUGGAACGAUAUCCUCCGCAAGCAUGGCAUCAUCCCGGAGAAGCCCAAGGACCCCGAACCGUUGAUCCAAGAGGCGCUGAUCGAAGCGGAGCGCAAGGCAUAUGAAAACAGACUCGAAGACAAGGAUUUGGACGAGCUGGAUGAGCUAGAGGACGAGGAAGACGAGGCAUUUCUGGAACAAUACCGUCAGAAGCGACUAGCAGAGCUCUCGACGCUGCAGCAAACGAGUGUACACAACCAAGUCUAUCCGCUCCAGAAGGUCGACUACGCCCGCGAGGUAACGGAGGCCUCGAACAACUGCUUUGUCUUGGUUCAUCUCGCCUCGACUGGCGGCAACGUUGAGUCACAACGGUUGACGGAACUCUGGCGGACCCUGGCGGCCAAGUACGGAGAUAUCAAGUUCUGCGAGAUCCGGGCCAACAUGUGCAUCGAGGGCUAUCCCGAGCGCAAUACGCCCACUAUCCUGGUCUAUCGAAACACCGAAAUUAAGAGACAACUGGUGACAUUGCGGGAACUUAAGGGUCCGCGCACGACUGUAGAAGACAUCGAGAGACUGCUCCUGGAUCUAGGCGCUCUCAAAGAGAGUGACGUUCGCCUGAAGAAGCGAUCGGACUCAUCGGACGAUGAACGCCCGGCUAUCGCUAAGAAUAAGUCCAUCCGGCCUAUGGUCCAGGAUGACGAUGACGACUGGGACUAGACGCUGCGUCGCAAUAUCGAAAGACAUGCUCUUUCGUCUCGAGCGAGAUGGGCAAAUCGUUACCGAGAUCAACGACGGGGCUCACGGAGAAUUUCCAUAUCUACGGGAUGGAUACAUCCUUAGGUAUCGAGGCGGCAGUCCUAUUGUUGAGAUGGGCACAUGUAGCAACCAUAUUGCACUUCCGGAGCUGGGCUCGGGAGAAUGGAAGGCUUUCAGCUUUGAGCAUUUUGCUCUUGCCGUCCUUAUACUAGUUUCAGCUUUCCUACCAUGGAAAUGCUUGCCUGGCUCUUUACUCUCAUACUUAGCCUAUGUUAAGAUCAAGACCAUGAGAUGGCCAAG